AUGACUGAUCUAACCCCCCUCUUCAGACAGUGUGUGUCGAUCGUCCAGAGCGGGCUUGCAGAGUCCGUCAAAGAUGACUUCGACUCGGUCCAGGUCAGAAACAAAAAGAACUCGUUUGUCAUCGACGAUACCUUCACCAAGGAGACGGUGGAGUUCAGACGGGAGUUAGUCCGUUUCGACCAGUUGAUUGCCGAAAUCAAGUCCAGCUACCUCUCCACGGAUGAAGGCUACUCGAGACAGCAGCGAUUGAGUGAUAAUGACAAGGAUCAGAUCGACAACAACUGCAAUAUUCGCCUCCAGAAAAUGUACGAGAAGUUGAAGUUCUUACAGACAUACGAGACCAAACGCCAGGGACUAAACCCCAAGAAGGAAGGCAGCUGGUUGAACAGCAUCCUUGGAGACGACCAGCCGACUCAGCAAGAGCUUUUCCUCACCACUGUGGGCACCCAUCGCAUGCAGAUCUUGCGAGACUUGAACAACAACCUCAACUACGUCAGCAACCAGUUCGGAGGGUUGCAGAAGAAACGCCGCGAGCGAGAGAGACAGAUGAAGAUCUUGAACUUCCAGAAUCUCGCCGAGGACGACGACAUCGGAUUGUUCCAAGCACCAGACACCUUCAACGACAUCCCCCAAGAACCCGAAUUCUUGCAGGAACUCAGCCAGGAGCAAAUACAGGAGUUGGAGACAGAAAACAAAGCGUUGUUGAAGGCCAAGGUGGACCAGUUGAGCUCGGUCGAAAAAUUGCAUACUUCCAUGGUCGACGUGAUGAAUCUCCAGACAGAAUUGACGUUCCAAUUGGAGACCCAGGCAGACCAGAUCAACAACUUGUUGGAUAGUCAUUCGCAGGUGGAAAUUGACGUUCAGAUGGGUAACAGGACUUUGAACAAGGCCACGGUCCGGAACAAAAAGGGUGCAAACAUGUUGGUGACCCUCGGAAUAGUGUUGGGUAUAUUGCUAUUGAUGGUGGAUUAUGUGUCUUUUUAG